AUGAAAUCGUUGGCAAUUCUGCUCACUGCUGCCUUUUUUGGUAGUGUCGCAAUGAGCGAACAACGUCGGUACUUAAAAAUGUUCGCUGAUGCUGGAAUUGGCAUACAGUGCCCUUCAGGGAAUAAAGUUUACAUCCAUCCGAUCAGUGGUGAUUUGCAACUAUGCAAACAGCAGCUUGGAAUCUACAACGAGACCUCGUGUCCAGGGGGUACUGCGUGUGAACGAUUCCCAAUUUUAAUACCUGGUUUCCAAGAUUACUGCUGCUGGUCGGAAUCGAAUCCAGAAACAGAAUCGUCUAUAGAAGAAGUCCCUCGAAUGUCCAAAUUGAAACCAACAGUCACCGUUGAACCAAUUGACGAAGAAGAGGACAAUGAUGAAGCUGAAGAGGAAAAACCGAAGAAAAAAGUCAACGGAGGAGAUGAUGAGGAUGAUGAAGAUAUUGAAUGGGAAUUUGAGACAACUACUGUAAAGCCUAGACGACCGAAAAAUCGAGGAAAAAUUAUAACAACAACGACACCUGAGCCUAUUGAAGUAACAACAUCCAUCAAACCUCCGGUUUCAAGACUCCCACAAUGUAAUAAUCCACAAGAUACCGUAUUGAUCGAUUACGGUAACCGGUUAAGAGAUUGCUAUUUUCAGCAAUGCAUUCGCGGCUUCAAAUGCGAGUUCAAUCGGGAAAUUCGACGAUUUAUUUGUUGUGGACAAGGUGUCGAUGUUCCGCCCGCCGGACUUCCAGACAUUCCUCCACCUCGACCCCUCAUUCCUCGCCCAUUCCGUCCAGGACCUCGUCCGUUUGGUUUACUCAAUGAUGGGGAUGAUGAGCCAGAAGAUAAAGAUACUAAUCAACCGCCAAGUUCCAAAAGCAAAACUUCUGAUGAUGACGGUUGUAUGUGUAAUAAAAACGCAUGCUCUUGCGGAGGAAACUAUGGAAAUCGUAAUGGCAAUGGAAACGACUAUGAUAGUGAUUAUGAGCCACGUGGAAAUGAAAAAGGCAACGGGAAUCGAAGAAAUCAAAACAAGAAUAAUAAUAAUAACAACUAUGGUUCUUCGAGAAAUUCAUUUGGAAAUGAGUGCGAGCGGAAUUGCCGUCGAAACAACGGAGGACCGGAUUGUGAAAAUGGAUGUCAAAUGGGAAAUAAUGGAGAAUGUUUGGGACCUUAUUGCUCAAGAAAAGGAGGACCACCUUCUUCACCACACCCUCCGAAAAGGGGACCACCGCCGAAAUCUCAACCGCCUCCGCCUAGAACAGGUGGAAACAAUAACAACAAUGUGGGAAGCAACAAUCGGAAUGCUAAUAAUAUUAUCGAUGAUGAUUAUGAAACCGACGAUUGUGAAAACCACGGCUACGGACCAUUACCCCCAAUUCCUGAGCCGAAACCCAUUUGCCAGUUCCGAAAAGUAAAUAACAAAAAGAAUCAAGGCCCUAAACCAAAUAACCGGUCACGACCAAUCUCCAAUUCGGGACCACCUCCACCUCCUAACGGACCACCAAAUCCGAUGCCAAUUGUGAAAAGACCACCAUCUUCAAAUCGACAGGGUCCCCCUCCAAAUAGCAGCAAUAAUAACAAUGGCAAUCAUAAUAGAAAUGGAAAUGCCAAUCACAAAUCGUUCGGAAGUAGAAAGAACUCAAAUGGUCCCAGGAAGACGAUCACCAAUGGUACAAUAAGGAAACAGUCGCCAUCUCGAGAAACGAGGACGGCGAGAGAAUAUCCACCAAAUACAGAAGUAUCUUGGCAAGAAGAAUCUUGUCCGCCAGGUAAAGAAUUUCUCGACGGAUUGACGUCUCCAAAAUGUGUUCCGCCUGGAAUUGACUCCUGUCCAAUGACACAUAAACGGUGCAUUAUGUCGGCGAGAUUUGGCCAUGCCGUAUGUUGUCGCAACGUCUAA